AUGUUUUCAUUAGAUUCGCGAGAAAAUUCUGAUACAACUAUCGCUGAUUCUAUAUCGCAUUAUAUUGAGCAAUGUUGCUUGGCAUUUUUGAAAUCAUUGGUGGAUAAUGGUAAAAAUCCAAGUGGAUACGUUACAUUAUCCAAUCCAUGUGUGAUUGGUCGUAAAGGAUAUAAGCUAAAGUUAACUUCAAAAAAUAGCCGAUUAAUCGCUCAAAUGCUACGUACGAUUUCUAUGAUACAUCAGUUGCGAAUUUUAAAAACUCAUAAAACGAAACGUGAUCUUUUUUAUGAACAAAAGAAUUUGUUUGGUGAACAGCGAAAUUUGGAUAGCUGUAUUAAUCAAAUUUGUUGUUGGCUUGGGAUGGAUCCGACUUCUGGUUAUUUGUUUCAGCUAUCAUCUGGUCAUGGCCUUGUGAUUGGUCAAUUGAAAAUUUAUAGAAGCACUGGAAUGGUGGAUUGUUCACUGAAAGCUGCACUGAUUGAUGACUUUUCCGACGCAAAUCUUUUUACCACUUCACAGUGCAUAUUAGUGGUCGAAAAAGAUGCAACCUUUCAAAAACUGAUUGGCGAAGGAUUUCUGAAACUUUUUCCCAGCACACUUCUUGUAACGGGUAGAGGUUAUCCGGAUAUUGCAACGCGAAUUUUGUUAAAUAAAUUGAGCAACCUUCAAUUAUUUGGCUUGCUGGAUUGCGAUCCACAUGGUAUUGAAAUAGCAAUGACAUAUAAAUAUGGUAACUGUAGUAAAACAUUUGGUGUGGAAAAUCAAACAUUAUCUCAUUUUGAAUGGAUUGGUUUAUCGCGUUGCGAAUUACCAAAGUUCGUUAUUUCGGCUGUACAAUUUCUUCCUCUUCAAAAGAGUGAAUUAGCGAAAGUGGAAAAGCUUUGUCAAAGAACUGCCAUUUUAGGAAAUACUGCACUAUUAGAAGAACUAAUAAGAAUGCGUCAAUGCGGCAACAAAUUAGAAUUGGAAGCAGUAAGUGGUAUCGCCCCGGGUUCCAUGUGUCAGUAUUUGCUUCGGACUAAACUGUCCAAAUAUGCUGUUGUUAAGAAGAAGUAA